AAAGGAAGUCUAUGACAGGUUGUAAGUCUGAUUUAGACAUUAAAAUUUUUAACAAGGUAAACUCAUGCCUAACAAAUCCUACCUCGCACUAGCAUAUUCCUAGCUCUAAUUCAGAGUCAACUACCACUAUUUCUAUAUUAUGAUUCUUAUCUAUAAAGAGGAGGAUAUUUCUUUCUCUAACACUCGCAUUUUUCCUUAUCAUCACUAUAAGUUAUUGCAAAGUAAUUAACAUACAUACACAAGAAAGAAAAAUGUCAAAAUCCAUUGAUUUUCCAGAUUGUUACAAUUAUAAGCCACCAACUACAAUCACCCCUUGUGCACCAACACCAAAUCACUCUCUCUAUCUCUCUAAUCUUGAUGACCUAAUGUACCACAGGUUUUACGGCAGUGAGAUUUAUAUCUUCAAGAAAUCUGUAAAGGCAGAUAUCUUAAAAUCUUCUCUAUCAAGAGUUUUGGUGGAUUACUACCCUUUAGCUGGGAGGUUGAGGACAAGCAGUGAGGAUGAGAACAAGUUGGUGGUGGAUUGCAAUGGAGAAGGUGUUUUGUUUGCUGAGGCUUCCAUCGAUAUCACUGCUGAAGAAUUACUCAUUCCUUGCAUGACACAACAUAAGUCAUUGAAGAAACUUAAGUGCAAGGGGAAUACUAAAAAAAUGUUAGAUAAUCCUCUUCUUCUAAUUCAGGUGACGAAUCUUCGUUGCGGAGGAAUGAUCUUAUUCAUAUCGUUAAAUCAUGUCUUGUUGGAUGGCACUGGCAUAUCACAAUUUUUGAAUGAUUGGGCUCAUCUUACCAAAAAUCCCAAUAGUAAUUUGACAAUUAAACCUUAUCAUAAUCGAGAAAUGUUGAAAAUUCGAGAACCCCCACAAAUAAAAUUCCCUCACCCAGUAUACAUCAAAGAACCGGAACAUACUAAUCUUGAACGAAACUAUUUAAUGUGGUUCAUAACCCAGACAAUUGUCUAUACAUCAAUCACCUUUGGAGCCAACGAGAUAUUUCGCUUAAGAAAACAAUGUACAACGUCAUUAUUCAAGUACGUCACAGACUUUGAAGUGAUACUAGCACACACAUGGCGCUCAAUGACAAAAUCUUUGAACAUGUCUCCAACACGUGUUGUGAAUAUUUGUUUCACUGCAAAUAUUAGAAAGAAAUUGAAACUUCCAAAAGGAUUUUAUGGGAAUGCGUUUGUUCUCGUUUCCGCUGAGAGUACAGUGAAAGAUUUAGUGAAUUCUAAUAAUCUAGAUUAUUGUAUAAAAUGUGUACAACAAGCCAAGAGUUAUUUGGAUGAUGAGGAGUAUAUUAGGUCAUCGGUUGAUUUGUUGAAGGACAAAACAUUAAUUGUCAAUGAAUCCAUUAAUGUUUUUGCAUCACAAUUAAAUAAAUUAGGGAUUCAAGAUUUGGAUUUUGGAGAAGGGAAGCCUUUUCAUGUGGAAAUUUUUGAUAAUGAUUUUGGUGCCCUUCUUUUACCUGUAAUUGGAGAUCCUAAUGCGGUUAGAGUUAUUAUUCCAAUUUCCAAGAAUUCUGUGGACAAAUAUCAUCACUAUAUGACAGAGAUAGAGAGUUGGGAACAAGAUGAAUAAAGAUUAUGGUGUUGUUAAUUAACACUAAUAAUUUAGUAUCUCAAUAAUAAUAUCAUAAUCAUAAUUUCUAUGUAUUCUUAUGAAAAUUGAAUAUUCUUAAGAAAAAUAAUUUUAGGGACGAACAUAUGAAUUAAUUUUAUAAUAUAUGUAAUCAAAUGUUUACACUUAA